AUGGGUUUCGUGGCUGAAUCCGCAUUUCGAACUUGCGUUGUUCUUGUUGUAUUUAAACUCUCGGGGAGGGAAGCAUUGAGCGAGUCCGUAGAAAAUUCUGAAGGAAAAAGCUUUCUACAGGGCCACAAAAUUCCAUCCGAAACGCUUUCCUCUUUUGGUUCGUAUCCCAACCCGCUCAACCUCACGGACAGCGACCGCGCCAGAUUUCAUCCCGUUAUUUCGUUCCCCACCAUCCAUACGCAAGACGGAACCGUCGUGCCGAACAUUCAAAUAUUGGAUUUUACAUCAGCCAGUGCACAUCGUCAGUUGGCGACACCCCAGGAACAACGUUUGAGACGGGAGGGAGGAUCGUCGCCGACGGAUCAACUUGUACGGAAAGACUAUGCGGUAGGACGGUACGACGAAAAUCGUGUGGGGCUUUACGAGUCUGCUCUGUUUGACGACUUGGAAAACCACAUCGAUGGGUACGCAGGACGGCGGACUCUGCACAUGGGCAUUGACUUGGAUGGACCUUUGCUGACUCCGGUGCACGCGUUCUGCGACGGCACAGUUCUCAACGUGGGAUUUAACGCCGCAUUGGGAGACUAUGGAAAUGUUAUUGUUGUAGAGCAUAAUCUUCCUUCACAAAAUAUGGACUUGUCUACGGAACGUCGACGAGUCUAUGCCUUGUACGGCCAUCUAGAUGAUGCGGCGAUCGUCGACAAAAAGACAGGCGACAAGAUUGUCAAGGGCCAAGUACUGGGCAGGAUGGGAGACAUCCACCAAAACGGGGGGUGGUUCAUACCGCACAAACGCACGACAUGCCCGGAGCUGUCUCGAUGGCUGACCGGACCCGAGCUUUGA